AUGGCGGCCGAAAAAAAGGCCUUGGUGACGUCGUAUACACUUUUUGUGACCUCUUUCGACCAUAGAAAACAAGAAAAAGACCUGUUAGAAGAUAAACUGGAUUCGGUCGACUCAAUGCGUACGUUACUCCAGGAUACGGAGAUGAAACUUUACGGAGUGAUCAAAGAUGAAGAGUUUGAAACAUGGCAACCGACGUGUGACGAAAUAGAAGACAAGUUUGAUCAGAUUCGCCAUCUCGUUCGUAAGAAACUUCGCGAAAUAGAUCCUCCAGUAUCAGCUAGUUCCCAGCCAUCGACGUUUGCUUCGCAGCAAAGCCAUUCCAAAUUGCCAGACAUUCCCCUCCCUCGAUUCAACGGUCUUUUGGAAGACUGGUUCAAUCGUGGAAAUGUGACUUGUUUCGUUUGCAAAGGGAGUCAUUUCUUGAAUCGAUGUGAGCAGUUCUUGGGGCUGUCUUCCGCAAACAGACUCGGCAAGAUAAAAGCGCUAGGAUUAUGUCUGAACUGUUUCAGCAAUAAACACCAUGUACACGAAUGUAAAUCAAGCUCGUGUCGGAAGUGUGGUCGUAGACACCAUACGUUGCUACAUGAACAAGAGUCAAAUCUCUCCACCCAAACCGAAAUACAUUUACGAAGAAGUUCACAGACACAGUCUGAUCCUCUACCACCUACCUCAUCGAUAAACUCGGUUGUGCAAACUAUUGCCUCGACAAGUUACAAAGCAAGACAAUUCGUGCUCUAUACCGCUGUCGGAUCAAUAGAGGAUGAAUACGGAAAUAACGUUCAAUGUCGCAUUUUGCUGGAUUGUGGCUCAAUGCACAAUAUAGUGACAUCACGCAUCGUACAAGCGCUACGAUUGACCAAGAAAAAGAUUAAUAUGACCAUAUCAGGGGUGUCAGGUGCUUCCCAAUCGAUCCAGCAUAAAGUAGGAGCAACGAUCCGCUCCAUUGUGCUACCGAAUGUCUCGUUCAACCUACAAUUUCUGGUUAUGAAGAAGAUCACGACGAAUAUUCCAGUUAAACAGGUUCAGUUACCUCCAAAGUGGAUCCCAGAAGGCAUACACCUAGCAGAUCCUGUAUUUGACCAACCACAACAAAUAGACAUGUUAUUGGGAAUAGAAGUUUUCAAUGAGUUAUUCACCGGUAAAUCGUUUUCGUUGACAGAUGACUGCAAGCUGUGGUGCAAAGAAAGCUUAUUUGGAUGGGUCGUUGGCGGAUCCGUUUUCGGAGAAGAAUCGAGGUGUAAAACUAACGAGUUUUGUGGAGUGUUAACGAACGAUACUUUGAGCAAACAGAUAAGUCAGUUUUGGGAAAUGGAGGCUAUAUCCGAGCCACAUGGCCGAUACGAACUAGGACUUCCAAUGACGACGAGCAUAAAUGAACUGGGUGAUAGUUUCGACAUGGCUUUACGUAGAUUUGUGCAAUUGGAAAGACGUCUUAUUCACAACGAUAAUCUUUAUGCGCAGUACAAAAUAUUUAUGCAUGAUUAUAUGGAUCAAGGGCACAUGAUGAAGGUGGAUCCGGCUGCGCGUGAUGGAUACUUCAUGCCUCACCACGCUGUACUCAACCCAGCAAGCACUACGACAAAAAUGCGUGUCGUGUUCGAUGCAUCAGCAAAUACAACUUCUGCUGACAUCACACAAAUGUUUCGACAAAUUCGUGUCAAGCAAGACGACCGGAAAUACCAACAAAUAUUCUGGCGAUCGAAUCAAAAUGAUUUGCUAGAAGUAUACCAGUUGGCAACGGUUACCUACGGAACGGCCUGUGCACCAUAUUUGGCAACGCGGACGUUAGAGCAAUUGUGCAGAGAUGAACGAGAUCGUUUUCCAUUGGCAUCGAAAGCAGGAAGUGAAGACCUGUAUGUCGACGAUUUGUUGAGUGGAGCCGAUACGCUAAACGAGGCUUUGGCUUUACAGAGAGAAUUCAUUGAUAUGAUGGCGACAGGAGGAUUUGCUUUGUAUAAAUGGGCGUCAAACCAUCCAGCGCUGUUGACAAGGGUGUCCAAUGCAGCUUCUGAGCAGAUAGCGUUCUUCAAAGAUGAUAAAACUACCCGUGCCUUAGGGCUAACUUGGCAGCCUAGUACCGACGUGUUUCUGACAAAACUCCACGAUAUCACCUUCAGUUCAGGAUAUUGUACCAAACGAACAGUUUACUCUGACAUAGCGAAACUGUACGAUCCGUUGGGUCUGCUUGGUCCUCUUAUAUUCAGCGCAAAAAUAUGCCUACAACGACUGUGGCAGCUUGAGGUAGAGUGGGACGAAGUCUUGGCUGAAAAUGUCGCUGAACCAUGGAUUACUUUCCGGAAUCAAAUCAUCGAAAUGGGAGAACUUUCCAUAAAGCGCGGUGUUCUUCCUCAUAUAUCGCAUCACGCAAUUGAGCUCCAUGGUUUCUGUGAUGCGUCUAAUUUGGGAUAUGGAGCAUGUGUUUAUAUUCGUGUAAUGGAUAGCAAUGGUCACUUCGCAGUAACUCUACUGACCUCUAGAUCAAGAGUCGCCCCACUGAAGAACGCCAGACCAACCAUACCACGUCUUGAACUAUGUGGCGCACUUAAUCAUUCUUUGGUCCGAUUCGACCACAGUUCUUUCUUGGAUAAAAACCGAUCCUGGCAACCUGAAAACGUUCGUCUGCAACAGAGUUAG